AUGGACGAAGAAAUGCAGUAUUUUAUGAGGGAAGCUUACAAGGGAGAUGAAAUUGAUUUGGACUACGAGUUCGACGCGCCUAAGUUCUACGAUUUCACUCAGCCCGAUUCCGAUUUGGAGGACACGGAAGCCGAAGACUGGUUCCGAUUCGCCGGAAGUUAUCCGCCUUCACCUUUCAUUAUAAAAUUGUUGAUGAAUUGGCAAAAAGACAUUCCUGUGGAACCUGUAAAAGUCUCUGCUGAAUCCAAAGAUGUUCAAGGCAUUAGAGACAGUGAUUCAAAUAAUUGCAUGGAAGCUGAGGUCUCUGCAGCAGUAGAUGAGAAUAACAGAGAAUUUUCUAAUCACAUGGCUCGAGGUACUCAAAACCCUAAAACAAGCUCCCCAGCCAAGUCACCGCCUCUAUCAAGGGUUUCAACUUUGAUGAAACCUACAGCAAGUCAGUUGGCCAAGCAAAAUCAUCGUCGAGAACCUCACUUGAACCGGUUAUCGAGGAGGUUUGGGAAGAAGCUUGAGAAAGCUGAUGUUAAUUCACAGAAAUCUCCUUCUAGUGAUACCCAUUGUACUAAAAGACAGAAGUUGGAGGCUGGCUAUUUACGCAAGGUUGGAGGUGAUGUUAUCACAGUAAAUGCUAGACCUAAAGUAACCAUUCCUAGAGAACCGAAUUUGGAAACGGCACAUAGAGCACAAAGACGUAGGUAUAAGGUUAAUGCCAAACCAGGAGAACAAGCAAAAGCAAGUUCCUAUUCCAUUCUCAAGGCUCCUCCAUUGCCAACCCCUAAAAAGAGCACGGUACCAGCAACAGAAUUUCAGGUGUUUAACCUCAGGACAUCGGCAAGAGCUUAUGCAAUGCAACAGACAUUUAAUAACGUGACAAAUGCACCUAAUUCUAAUGAAAAUACAGAGAUUAAAGGGCCAACCUUUGGCUAUGCCUUGACACAAGAGAAAAGUGGAACGGCUUACAAAUGCACAGCUUGCUCUAUUAAAAAGAAGGAAUUCAAGUUUGCAAUUGACAAGAGGUUUCUAAAGGAGCCACCAACAGAUUUAUUUAGUAAGCUCUCCCUUGCAUCUGAAGCCCAGAACAAUGCAAAACCUCAGUCCAAAAGUGCCUUUGCCUGCUAA